AUGCCGUCAUUUUCUGUGUGUUACACGACACUCACAUCGCCGAUGCCUAAGCCGCCAAAGCCUGUUCGAUCCAUUACCGAAACAGAGAAGAACAGCACACACACUCGGACUAAGCUUGACAAGAUUUUGAAAUCAGGGGCUUUGAAGAUUUAUAGCAAGGUGAAACAGCCAACUCAUUUCCUUAACUCUCUUUUCACCUCCAAGAAAUCCAAGAGCUUGUCCUCCGCCCAUGCCGUUCAAUCAUUUUCAACUUGUUCUUCGGCCACUUCGUAUCUCAGAUCAUGUUUAAGCAAAAACUCUUCACCUUCUGGUAGGAGUGGAAAAUGUGGUACUGAUGGGGUUAAAAAAAUGGUUCGUUUCGAUCCUGUGACUGUUAUUGUGGAUGAGAAUGGUCGCUCAUGCGGUCACAAAUGCUUGGACGAACCAGAAGAUCAAGAAGUCGGCUCGACUCUAAUGCCUGCAUGGAAAAUCAAACGGUCGCAUGAAUUCCAAGUGUCCGAGAGAACGCGGCGAGUGGAGGAAGCAGCCAGAGAGGAAUUUAGGAGAUACUAUCGUCAAAUCCAGAGAGAUUUUUUUUGGGAUGACGAUGCAGUUUCCUGUUCAAGUUCGGAUCUGUUCGAGCUUGAAAAUCUUGAGUAG